CAGUCGGUCAGCUGAGCCGUGGUUGUGAUAGUCCGCAGUGGGGGUUUGCUGCUGUCGCCAUGUCUGGGCUCGCGUUGUUGUAUUCGGGGCUGGGAUUGAGUGCAGCCGCUGCCAUCACCGGCGUUGGGAUCUGCUACACAAUAUUUGACCUGGGCUUCCGUUUUGAUGUGGCAUGGUUCCUGACAGAGACCUCACCCUUCAUGUGGUCCAACCUGGGGAUUGGGCUGGCCAUCUCACUGUCAGUGGUGGGUGCUGCCUGGGGCAUUUACAUCACUGGAUCCAGCAUCAUAGGUGGUGGUGUCAAAGCACCUCGAAUCAAAACCAAGAAUCUGGUCAGUAUCAUCUUUUGUGAAGCUGUGGCCAUCUACGGGAUCAUCAUGGCCAUUGUGAUCACCAACAUGGCCGAGCAAUUUACUGGUGACACUCCUGAGACGAUUGGUCACCGGAACUAUCAUGCAGGUUACUCCAUGUUUGGGGCAGGGUUGACGGUGGGCCUCUCCAACCUCUUCUGUGGUGUAUGUGUGGGCAUUGUGGGCAGCGGUGCAGCACUGGCAGAUGCCCAGAACCCUAGCCUCUUUGUCAAGAUCCUAAUCGUGGAAAUCUUUGGCAGUGCCAUUGGGCUGUUUGGAGUCAUCGUGGCUAUCCUGCAGACAUCUAAAGUGAAAAUGGGUGACUAAGCCCCAUGCCAUCCGUCUGUCACCUGCAGAUUUUGUACAUAUUUAUUUAACCUCUCCUGUUGGCUUGGGGCAAAGCUUGGUGUAUAAAGUUAUUCCUGUGAUCUUUGCCUGCCAGGCCAUGGAAGACCCUGAUCAAUGGAUAUGUAUGUGUUGAGAAUCUUACCCUGUCUUCCCCCUUCCACCACCCCUUUCCUGUUCCCUUGAAGAUGAAGGCAGGGAGCCC